AUGAUGAUGAUGACAACAACAACAACAGCAAGAACAACACCAACAUCAUCAACGACGUCAUCACCAAUAGUAUAUAAUUCUAGUAGAAGUAGCAGCAACGGCACGGCUACGACCACAUCGAGAGUUAUGCUAGGAAGACGAGGAAUGAUGACGACGAGUGAUGAUUUCAAUAGUAGACGCAUAUUAUUUCAUAACAGCAACAACAACAGGAGCAGCAGCAGAAACAAAAGAAAGUCUCUGACUCUUCGCGCCAACGCUGCUUCGGCGAGUAAAGGCGAAGUGUCGCUUUUAGAUUACGGUGCUGGAAACGUUCGUUCCGUUCGAAACGCGAUGCAAAAGCUCGGGUACACGGUCAAAGAUAUCAAAUCUCCGGAAGAUAUCCUCGCGGCGAAGAAACUGGUCUUCCCUGGCGUCGGCGCCUACGGGUCCGCCAUGGACAUUUUGCGCGAGAGAAAGUUAAUCGAACCUUUGAGAGAAUACGUUUUGGAUGGAACGAAACCAUUCAUGGGUGUGUGUUUGGGCUUACAGCUACUGUUCGAUGGGAGCGAAGAGUCGGGAGGCGUAGAAGGUUUGGGUCUGAUUCCCGGGACGGUGACCAAGUUCACGGGAGACGAUUUAAUCGUGCCGCACAUUGGAUGGAACGUGAACGAAGUCAAAAGAGAAUCGUACUUGAUAUAUUUACAAAAAGAUGAUCCAUCAUCUGCUUCGGUUUCCGAGAGAGUAUAUUUCGUGCACUCGUAUCGAGCGUUGCCGAACGAAAACAACAAGGAUUGGGUUUUAUCGACGUGCGAUUACGGGAGCGAACCGUUCAUUUCAGCCGUGCAGAAAGGAAACGUCAUGGCGACGCAGUUCCACCCGGAAAAGUCUGGCUUCACUGGUUUAAAGAUUUUCGACCAGUUUCUUUCCGGCGGUAAGAGCGAAAUGGAAACGUCCUCGGCGUUGCCGUCCUCGGCGAGCUCGGAUGCCGUGCGGAAAGGGUUGGCUAAGCGCGUCAUCGCGUGCUUGGACGUGCGCAGCAACGACGCCGGCGAUUUGGUCGUCACCAAAGGCGACUCGUACGACGUGAGAGAAAAAAGCGAAGGAGAGAGCGGCGACGUUCGUAACUUGGGUAAACCCGUCGAACUCGCGAAGAAAUACUUCGACAUGGGCGCCGAUGAGGUGAGUUUUCUGAACAUUACCGGGUACCGCGACACGCCGUUGAAGGACGCGCCGAUGAUUGACGUUUUGAAACUCUCCAGCGAAACCGUGUUUGUGCCUUUAACCGUCGGCGGCGGUAUUCGCGAUUUUACCGACUCGAACGGUAAACAUUACUCUUCUUUAGAAGUCGCCUCGGCGUAUUUUGCCUCGGGCGCCGAUAAGGUGUCCAUCGGAAGCGACGCCGUGGAAGUCGCGGAGAAGUUUUACGCCAACAACGAACAGGGCGAUGGAACGAGUUCUAUUGAAACCAUUUCCAAUCGAUACGGGUCUCAAGCCGUCGUGAUAUCCAUCGACCCGAGACGCAAAUACGAAACCGACCCGAAAAACACAAAGAACAAGUGCAUAGAAACCAAACGAAAAUUAGGACCAAACGGCGAGAAAUAUUGCUGGUUUCAGUGCACCAUCAAAGGUGGGAGAGAAGGACGCGAUAUUGGCGCGUACGAGUUAGCCAUUGCGAUGGAAAAGUUAGGCGCGGGUGAAAUUCUUUUGAACUGCAUAGACGAAGACGGACAAGGUAACGGUUUCGACCACGAGCUCGUGAAAAUGGUUGCGGACGCGGUGAAGAUCCCCGUCAUCGCCUCCUCCGGCGCCGGACACCCGAGGCACUUUUCUGAAGUUUUCGGAGCCGUUCCGGCGUGUUCGGCGGCGCUCGCGGCUGGAAUCUUUCACAGAGACGAAGUGACUGUGAAGGAAUGCAAAGAAGAUAUGGCGAAAUCCGGGUUACCGACGCGUCUUUAA